ACCGAUGCACAGCUCUAAAACCUGUGGCUCAAAUCGACCGACAGCAACCUCUCGGAGACAUGCAUUCAUCGCCAGCACACGCGCUGUGCUUCUCAAGGCAGGCAGAAAAGCUGAGGAAGAAAAGUCAGAGAGAGAGUGGUUGUAUCUCUUGAAUCUAGAUCUCGGCUCCGAAGGAUAGGAGGAGAAAGAAGACCGACCGACUUGCUCCCGUCCUUCCUCUGUGCGGCCUUUCUGUUGUACCAUCCCUCCAUGCAUAAAGAGACCCAUUGAAUCCUGCACGGUUAGCUUCCUGUACUGAGCGACAGUGGAGAUGCUUUGAUCUGUUGCAAGGGUUGAUUCGGACUUGGCCAAUCUUGUUUUCCCUCAAAAGGGCUUUGGAUACUGACACGGAUCCAAGUUAAGCUCUACGAUUGUGGUCCGGAGCAAUAACAGAGGUGUGGCCUUGUGGAACAAUGAUGUGAAGGCCGCCAUGGUUGGUGCCACUGAUGAUUUUGUUGUAUGGAAGGAUUUCCCCAAGCGGCUCAAGAUUCUGCUCCUCCAGAAAGAUGAGGCCUCCGCCGCCGAAACGAAAUCUAAACUCGAGGAAAUGGACUAUUUGGUGUCUUUGUAUCAUAGUGAAGAAGACGCACUGGAAGCAAUCUCGAAGGACGCUGAGAGCUUUCAUGUUUCUAUUGUGGAGGUGACGGCAAGCGAUUCCUGUGGCACUUUCAGGUUUCUUGAGAUGGCUCAGGACAUUCCUACCAUCGUUAUCUCGGAUGAACACUGCCUGAGCACCAUGAUGAAAUGCAUAGCGCUUGGUGCAGCAGAGUUUCUUCAGAAGCCACUCUCCGAAGACAAACUCAGGAACAUAUGGCAACAUGUGGUUCAUAAGGCCCUCAACGCAGGAGGCAGUGUGUUGUCGAAAUCGUUGAAGCCCAUCAAAGAUACCGUAGUUUCUAUGCUCCGAAUUCAGUCAGAAACAUCAGAGCACAAAAUUGAAGAGAAAGUAACAGAGAUUGAUGGCAAACAUGGUUGUGAAAAGACCAUGGCAAAUGACAGGUUAUCAGCACCUUCAACUCCGCAACUGGAACGAGGAAGGUUCCCGCCAGACCGAGAGUUCCAGGAUGUGACAUGCUGCUCGGUUGCUAAAAAAUUGUUACAACCAAGGAAGUCUAGUAGCUCGGCGUCAAAAUCAGUCGAAAACACUUGUGAUAAUUCAAUCAGUGUUGCUAACACUGUGGAUGCCUUACCUUCCAAAGCCCAACAUAUUGCAGCCGAAGAAGAGGUUAAUUCAGUAGAUGGUUCCAAAACUGAUGAGUGCAGCUCUGUUAAAGCAGGAUCUCUACCUUCCAACUUGCAUAGCGUAGAGAAUAUAGAAUCUCAUGCGGACGAUGUACAGAAGAAAAAAUCGGUUCUCGAUUAUUCUUAUUUAAAUGGUGGCAGAAACAACAGAAAGAAAACAAAGGUGGACUGGACUCCAGAACUUCACAGACGGUUUGUUCAGGCCGUAGAGCAGCUGGGAAUAGAGCAGGCAAUUCCUUCCAAGAUCCUAGAACUGAUGAAGGUGGAGGGUCUUACAAGGCAUAAUGUUGCUAGCCACUUGCAGAAGUAUCGGAUGCAUAGAAGACACAUUCUGCCGAAAGACCAAGAUAGGAGAUGGCAACCACACAGAGACACCACUGCAAGGGGUUGCAUAUCGCGCCCGAUCUUGGCAUACCCUCCGUAUCAUCCCAACUGUGGUGCUCCAACAAAUCAGAUUUAUCCUGUUUGGGGUCAUCCAAAUUACCGCAGCCAUGGUGUUCAAAUGUUGGGGCAUGCUGGUUAUGCGGCAUGGCAUCCACCUCCACAAAGUUGGCCCUGGAAGACCUAUCCACUGGUUCGUGCUGAUGCAUGGGGAUGUCCUGUUGUCACCCAAUACGGCCAGUAUCGGAUGUCUUCACCGAGGUCUCCGAUGAGCAGUGACUUCGACAUGAAUGGAGAUAGAAACGAGAUGUUCAGAGAAUCCUAUGACCUCCAUCAGGUGGAGAUGAUCGACCAAUUGGUGAAGGAGACGAUGAGCAAGCCGUGGCUGCCCCUCCCCCUCGGCCUCAAGUCACCAUCCACCGACGUGGUGCUGGCCGAGCUCAACCGGCAGGGCAUCUGCACCGUGCCCCCCGCCACCAACGCCGCCUCUCCUGAUCCCAACGACUUCUGCGGGUGACACAGCCGCGCGGGGUGUGGUGGUGGGCUCGGCCGACUCUGUGGCUCGCACCGCCGAUACGUGGCCGAUCACCUCGCGAGAGCAGUACGCGGUUGUCGAUGAAAAUAAAGGGGCUGCUGCUGAUGCUGUCGCUGCACGAGGAAGACAUGGUUACCGGUGGAUUUGUCCUCUUGCUUGUUGCCGUGGGCUGUCCUUUUCGUCUCUCCUUCCGAGAACUAUGUUGUAUCUGCGUCAGCUUUCUGCUAUUAAUGCAGCACCGUAAGGAUGGAUGUCAA